AUGCUCCCGUGCUUCUGGUCCUGGAAUUGCAAGACGACGCACGGGGUGACGGCCUGGAAGACCGCUUUGGGUUCGGAAUUCACUGCUUCAUGUCCACCAUUCGCUUCUUGUUAUGUACUUUUGCCUACGCUAUACCUUGUUCCCGUCCGAUUUCCUUUUCCCCGUUGUGGCCUGGUACUCCUACUUUUAUUCGUCUUCGGUACACUUAUUAUUUUUUUUUGCCUCCUUUACACCAUUUUAGUGAGAUCACCCACCCCUGACCAUCUUUUUAUUUUCUGGACGUUUUUCCUUGUUCCUCUGCUGUUUCUGUGCGCUAGUUGUCAAUCUGAAGUGUUAUUGAAGAGCGAACGAUAAG